AUGAAUAUUUCGAUUCUUGCUUUAUCUCACACUUCAAAUAGUUUAUCACCGUUUAUUUCAAGAGAUGCAAGAAUUACAAUGAAUAAAUGCUCGUUUCACCAUCUAUUUUCCCAUGUUCUUUAUUUUAAUAAGCCUUUCAUUACAACAUUAAAAAAUUCCGAAUUUCAGAGGAUUCAAAAGUCUGUUUUGCUUAGCCAAGGCAAUAUCGUAUCACAUGUUGAUAAGGAUUUCUUCAAAGGCAUUAGUAUAAAAGGUUUAGAUUCAAUUCUUAUUGAUAACUGCUUAUUCAAGAACAUAAAUACUGGUGAAAAUUCUACAUGUCUAAAUAUUGCACCAGCCUUUCAACCCAGAACUCUUACAAUUAAAAAUUCAAGAUUUAUAAAUUUAAGUUCACAACUAUCUGCUGCUAUUUUCUUUACAAGUAAUGUAGAUUUGUACAUGUCUAGCAAUUGUUUCUCAUAUUGUAGAUCAGUUUAUACAUUUCAGACUUUUUGUUCGGAACUUACUCUAGAAAUAGAAGUAAAUACUACAAUAUUUGAUAUGUGUUCACCUAGACACGAGCCUGGCUUGCAUAUGAUGCUUAAAGCUGCUGCAAACAAAUGUAUUUUCAAUAAUAACAAUGUAACAAGAUGUAUUGUACGCGAAAAGAACUGCUUAGGCUACUAUUCAUCAACAAGUUAUUUGGAAUACAAAUAUAUCAAUAAUUUCAAUUCUUCCUCGCAAUCUUUCAUUGCCUUCGGAUUAGCUCAAAAAGGGCAAUCGGAUAUUUCUCAAAUAGUCUUUAAUAAGAUCACUUCAUAUGGUGGUAAUGAAAUAUCUUUCUUUGAAGUAUGGAGACCCAUUAAAGUUUCUCAAUCAAUUUUUGUUCACUCAAAAAUCAUGAUUAAGGUCACUCUACUGGAAUAUUUCGAUACUCUAUUUACUAUUUAUUCUUACGAAGAGGGUAAUUACACUGCUUUGAAUACAGAAAUCAAAGCUCAUAUUACAUUUGAAAAUUGUUUCUUUGAUAUACCUCGUGAUCGUAUUAAAUACACUGAUAAUCUUGAAUUUGAUAAUUACCAUAUAUUCCAAAAAGAUAAUUAUCAAAAAUUAAGUAUUCCAAUCAAAUUCAAAUAUUGGAGAUGCGCAACUGACAGAUUACCAGUUCAGGCAGCUUAUCCAACUCCAACGCCAGCGAAAAUGAAGAUAAGCUCAUCUGAUAUUUACUUAUUCGGAGGAUUAAUUGUAUUGAUUUUAAUAACUGUAGGAGUGUUCAUAAUAGGAGAGAUUUCUCGAAGAAGAAGGAUGGCUAAUAAUGAAGAGAACCAGUCUCUUUUGGAAAAAAAACAUUCCAAACCAAAAUGA